AGGCACAAGUCUCUGAUAUCCGGCCUGCGGCACAAGUCUCUGAUAUCCGGCCUACGGCACAAGUCUCUGAUAUCCGGCCUACAGAGCCUCCGAUUACCCAGCAGACGCAAUUUCCGCAGGCCCCACAGGAGCCCCAGCUGGUCGAGAGGCAACCCGAGGAACGCCGCACGUUCACCCCCCACUUCGUCUCUCCGCAGAAGAAGCCGACCAACUGGAUCCUGCCGCUGGCCGGCGUGUUCGCUGCGCUGGGGACGGUGCUCCUCGCCGCCGCGGGGGUUCAGCGGCUCUGCUGCAGGGGCGGCGCCGCCACGCGGCGAGAGCGGCCGGGCGCUGUGGUACCUCUCCGCUCUAGGGCGGGCAGCAGGGACUCCGACAACACCCGCCGCCACGUGCCUCUGGUGGAGUCCGAGGACCAGCAGGAGAUGGAGGACGACAUCGUUAGCAUCUUCGAGGGCCAGGUCAAGGAGGCGAGACAACGCGCGAAGAGCCUGACGCGCAAGUCCCGCCCGGCCUCGAUCGACGUCACCAGGCCCCCCUCGUCGCCGAGCAAGGCGAGACCAGCGCAGGCGUUCUACAACUAGGC